CCGUUUGCCGCGUCGAAUAGUAGCAUUAGCUUCAAAGUAAUAUUGUAGCCCAGCGUUUAAUUCUCUUCUGCUGUUGUUGGAUUGCGAUUUGGAGCUGUAGAUUUUGAUAUAUUCCAUUAGACGUCCUUGCAAGCUUUUAAUUUGUUCUUAGUACCGUUGCGGUACACAACUGCACUAUGUCACUACUAGUACAUGUUCUCUUCUGUACAAGCAAAACAUGCUGCUCUGCGCUCUGCCAAAUUAAGCGGCGGAAAACAACGCUUAAACUAACACCCCGCGCCCACGAUCGCAACUCAACUGGGGAGUAAACAAAGCAUCCCCGUCGGUGGUUGCCAAAAACAAUCCGCACGCGAUGACGAUGCCCCGGCACGGCCCGCUGCCAUGGCUCCUCGCACCACUCAGCCUCGGCGCCCCGGGCUCCUCUCGCCGCUGACCGCGACCGUUGACGUUGACCCAACGCCGCGCCAUGGCCGACGGCGCCGGCGGGCUCGCCUGCCGUCUCCGGUCAGGCGUCCUCUCGCCACUGGAGGAAGGUCUCGCCGCGAUACUCAUCACGUCGCUGCAAUGUUUCGCGCAGGUCAGGCGGCUCCUGCCCCCGCUCCUGCGCCGGCACAGGAUGGCGCUGCUCACGGCGCCCGCGGUCUUCGCGGCCCUCCUGCUCUUCUGGGCCGUGCUCGGCGGCACCGACGCCGACUACCUGCUGUACAAGGACGCCGCCAAGCCCGUGGAGGACCGCGUCGCUGAUCUUCUGGGCAGGAUGACGCUCGCGGAGAAGAUCGGGCAGAUGACCCAGAUCGAGCGGCUCGUGGCCACGCCGGACGUGCUCCGGGACAACUUCAUCGGCAGCCUGCUCAGCGGCGGCGGCAGCGUGCCGCGGAAGGGCGCCACGGCCAAGGAGUGGCAGGACAUGGUGGACGGCUUCCAGCGGGCCUGCAUGUCCACGCGCCUCGCCAUCCCCAUGAUCUACGGCAUCGACGCCGUCCACGGCCAGAACAACGUCUACGGCGCCACCAUCUUCCCCCACAACGUCGGCCUCGGCGCCACCCGGGACCCGUACCUCGUCAAGAGGAUCGGCGAGGCCACCGCGCUCGAAGUCAGGGCCACCGGCAUCCAGUACGCCUUCGCACCAUGCAUCGCGGUGUGCAGAGAUCCGAGGUGGGGGCGGUGCUACGAGAGCUACAGCGAGGACCGCCGGAUCGUGCAGUCCAUGACGGAGCUCAUCCCGGGCCUUCAGGGCGACGUCCCCAAGGGCUUCACCAGCGGCAUGCCUUUCGUCGCCGGACAGAACAAGGUGGCAGCUUGCGCGAAGCACUUUGUGGGCGACGGCGGCACGGUGGACGGCAUCAACGAGAACAACACCAUCAUCAACCGCGAGGGCCUGAUGAACAUCCACAUGCCGGCGUACAAGAACGCCAUGGACAAGGGCGUCUCCACCGUCAUGAUCUCCUACUCCAGCUGGAACGGGGUCAAGAUGCACGCCAACCAAGACCUCGUCACCGGAUACCUCAAGGACACGCUCAAAUUCAAGGGCUUCGUGAUCUCGGACUGGGAGGGCAUUGACAGGAUCACCACCCCUGCCGGAUCUGACUACUCCUACUCGGUCAAGGCUUCCAUUCUUGCCGGCCUUGACAUGAUCAUGGUGCCCAACAACUACGAGCAGUUCAUCAGCCUCCUGACUGGCCACGUCAACAGCGGCGUGAUCAACAUGAGCAGGAUCGACGACGCCGUGACCCGGAUCCUGCGGGUCAAGUUCACCAUGGGCCUCUUCGAGAACCCCUACGCUGACCCUGCCAUGAUGGAGCAGCUAGGAAAGCAGGAGCACAGAGAUCUGGCGAGGGAGGCGGCGAGGAAGUCGCUGGUGCUCCUCAAGAACGGCAAGACGCCGAGCGACGCGCCGCUGCUGCCGCUGCCCAAGAAGGCGCCCAAGAUCCUGGUCGCCGGGAGCCACGCCGACAACCUGGGCUACCAGUGCGGGGGGUGGACCAUCGAGUGGCAGGGCGACACGGGCCGCACCACCGUGGGCACCACCAUCCUGGAGGCCGUGAAGGCCGCCGUGGACCCGUCGACGGUCGUGGUGUUCGCGGAGAACCCCGACGCGGAGUUCGUCAAGGGCGGCGGCUUCUCCUACGCCAUCGUGGCGGUGGGCGAGCACCCGUACACGGAGACCAAGGGCGACAACCUGAACCUGACCAUCCCGGAGCCCGGGCUGAGCACGGUGCAGGCGGUGUGCGGCGCCGUGCGGUGCGCGACGGUGCUCAUCAGCGGGCGGCCCGUGGUGGUGCAGCCGCUCCUGGCCGCCUCGGACGCGCUGGUGGCGGCGUGGCUGCCCGGCUCCGAGGGGCAGGGCGUCACCGACGCGCUGUUCGGCGACUACGGGUUCACCGGGAAGCUGCCGCGGACGUGGUUCAAGUCGGUGGACCAGCUGCCGAUGAACGUGGGCGACGCGCACUACGACCCGCUCUUCCCGCUCGGCUACGGGCUCACCACCAAAGGGACGAAGCAGUACUAGGCUAGGCUGCUUCACAUAGUAGAAGACAGCACCAUUAAUGGAGGAGAUAGGAAAGUGGGACAUGAACCGUAGGUUCUUGCCUCCCGCCAUGGCUGCCGAUCGAUUCCUUUCGCUCGGUUGGUACUACUGCUAUUCUUUCUUACUUUCUUUGUUGCUGGUUGAUCUGGUGUAUUAUGGCUGAGUGAGAUCUCACUCUGGAGCAAGCAAUAUAUCCAAUCGAUGAGCUAUUUUAUUCAC